AUGACAACGGGUAUAUUAAACCUUUUAGGGCUGUAGAGGGACCAGACGCAGAUUACGUACGCAGGUGUUGCUCUCCGACUAGCAGACAGUGUGUGGGCCAGUUAGAUGGAGUGAUAUCCACAAAGCGACCCGCGUUAACUCAACAGGAAUACUUCGCAAUAACCUGCUGGUGUUCUUCUUCCAGUGAAGAUUAUGAGUGAGGUGGUUUGCACAAAGCCUCAGGAGGAAUAUGAGGACGACUUUGAGAAGGAUCUGGACUGGCUGAUCUGUGAGGAAAGUCGUAGUGAAGACCAAAAUGUCUUCCUUUCCGCCCUACAGGGUCCUGACUUUGACGACAUAGAAGCAGAAAUUGACAAAGAACUGGAGGAGGAUGCCGAGCAGAAAGGAAAGAAAAGAAAACCCAAACGCCACAAGGAGGCGAAGAGAGGCAAGAAAACAGAGGAGCUGGAAGAAGAUGAAGAGAGGUGGCCCUCACCUAUGGAGCCAUUUGAGUAUGACUCGGACAGAGACAGCCCUAAUAAGUCAUCAUCUAUAGCCCCCCCACCCCCAAUGGAUGAACAGACUGAGGAGGAGAAGAAGUUCAUUCUGGAGAAGAUACAGCAGGCUAAUCAAGACUUGCACCACCAAGAAGCUCCAGAUAUGACAAGGCACAGGCGGCUGCAUUUUAAAGAGACGCUGGUGGAUCUGGUGGUGCCUCCGCGGCAAGAUGGACACUAUGGUGAUGGUGAAGGGGAAAAGGGAAACAAGGAUUCAGAGGCAGAGACUGAGGUGUCAGGGAAGCUGUCCGAGCUUAAACUUUCCCCUCGGGAGGAACGCGUGGGAUCUAACAGGGCUGUGGAGACCGGUGAGGGAGGAGGAAAGGAGGGUAGAGUCCUUGUCGAAAAGGAUGGUAAGUUUGAUCUGGUCAGUCUGAAAGAGGUGGAAAGUCAAGGACUCCUCCCUCCUAUAGUGAACAACUCCUCCCCACGUCACCAGCAGCAGACUGUGAGCUCCAGUAAGACCCACAGGUCCUCCUCCUCUCCUCGUCCUCGUGUCGGAUCCUCCCCCUUCCAGCAAGGUGCACAUCACCUCCGUGGCCCCAAACCUCCCGCUCAGCCCAGGAACAGGCCCAGCUCAGCCAGCCACAGCCAGAGAGGCGGCCAUCUGGUCAGCAAGCGGCGGGUGCAGUCGGCCACCGGGACACCCUCCCAGGCCACCUACACCCUUUCCCCGCAGCAGAAGGAGCUGCUGCAGAGGAUCCAGGAGAGGAAGGAGAAAGUGGCCAAAGAGGAGGAGCAGAGGAAACUGGAGGAAGAGGAGCAGAAGAGGCAGGAGAACGAGCUGGCGUUCAAGGCGUGGCUGCUGAGGAAGAGAGAGCAGUUUCAAGAGGAGAAAAGGAUCCAAAGAGCCCAGGAGAUGGAGAAGAUGAGUUCUAAGCAGAAAGAGUUCAGUGACUGUGAAGAUUCCUUCCGGCUGUGGCUUCAGAGGAAGCAGGAGCAGCAGCAGAAGGAGAGACAGCUGGUGGAGCUCAAGAGGCUGGAGGAGGACGCUGGUUACCUCCUGCACAGCCGUGAGGAGUGUGAACGGGCCUUCAAACUGUGGCUGAAGCGGAAGCGGGCGGAGAAGCGGGCGGAGCAGCAGGCUGCUCGAGAGCGCUCCCGCAGGUUGGUGCUGGAGGAACGGCGCGCGCGACGCAGUAGGGACCUGCUUUGUUGCGUCCAUGAAGCCAAGCCCUUCAGAUUCACCGAACAGCUGGCCUACCGCUUCUGAAGCAAACCGACUGCUGGAUUCACACAUCACCGUCGUCACAAACCAGACUGGGCAGCUCCAGAUGUGCAAUACAAGACAUUUAUUCUCUGUUCAGUCAUUUCCAGGGUUUUGUUUUAUCACUUCUAUUUCUGUGCUGUGUUAAGUCACAUUGCUACAAAGAGAACGUUUACCGCAGUGACCUCAGUGUGAUACAAAUGUAUUGAGUGAAUUUGUUGUUUUUUUUACUGUAUUUAACGCUGUCUAGUGGCAAAUGCACUUUACUUUAAAUGGAGCUCUUAAUAAACAGGGCUGUGCAUUUAAAUACACAAGCUG